ACACACAUGACGAUUAUGUUUGGGAUCACACUGGUGAACAUUUGGACGAUUCGCCCUUGCUAGAUGAUCAAAGUCCUCACGAUGGCUCGUAUUUUUAUAAGUAAGUCCAGUUCUAAGUACCUGUUGCGUAAACAUUGCAAAAGGCGAGCUGUCAUUGCAGUGAAAUGACCUUGUUUAUCUCGGGCUGUUUUGUGCACAUACAAUAAAUUAAUAUAGGGGGCCUACAUUGUUACAUACAUUUUUGUGUACGAAAUACAAUCACAAAGGAUUAAUGCAUUAUGUAGGUCUAUGCUGGAGAAAUUAGUGUGAACGGGUAUAACGCUAUUGCUCAGACGCCUUGGCUACAGUACCGUUUUAAGAAUAAGACUUAAGAACUGUGAGCAGUAGAACCAGAGCUUGCAUGCUUGUGAUUGCUAAUUACCUUCAUUCAUUCAGUUCGUACCUGAGCAGCUCCAAUCUAGUCAACUCAGUUUUAUCUCGAUCAUUGGUUCGACAGACUGAGACUUGAAGUACGGCACUUGGAGGCUACGUCAUUCCCCCUAGGCACUGAUGCGGUUCACGCGACACUCGGGAAAACACAAUUUCGAUUUCGAUUAGAUUAAGUCUGUGGACAGACAUAGUCUUUACUCUUCCUGCAAGUGUGAUGUCCACAUGGUGUGAAUAAUUGGCUACAAAGUACAUUUGUUCAUUUGAUCAUUCAUUCAUUUGUAAGCCGCUUAUAGCGCUAUUCUUUAAACACAAUUUUUUCUUUGGUUGUUGGACUCACUAUUGUAAUGUUGUAGGACAUUGACUGAAAGAUGUAAUGCUCCCUUGGAAACAUUGAGCAGUUCCCUUCAAUUCCAAACCAAUUUUUAAAAUCUCUCUCUUUUUUCUUCUGCUGCAUGCAUUCUUGGAACUUCAUCGAAUUUCAGCAGACAAGACUCAUUCCCUGGUAACCAUCCCAACUCACAAAAACUUACAAAACGACAAGCAGAGUACAUUUUGCGGACAUUUGAAGAUGGUGCAGCACUCAUCAGAAGUCAGCUCCUGGUAGAACCAGCUCCAAAUGACAACGCUGAAGUUCAAGGAACUCGAUGUUCACGGUGCAAAGCUGCCUUGGGCUUCUUUGAAAGGUGUUCGUUCCUUUUGACAUUACUUUUGCAGAUAGCAAACAUCAUCAUAAUCACUCUUCUGGAUUAUUACUUGAAGAAGCCAAAGACGAACCCAACAGUGGCAGAGGGUGAAGUUGUUAUGUUGAUAAUAGAAUUAUUAAAUCUGGUGCUAGUUGUUUUUACAUCCAUAAAACUUGGGCAGCAAAUGUUCCAUCGGCGAGUGAAUGGCUAUUUUCUUGCUCAGUGCUAUCUCUCCUCUAUUCUGCUGUUCACUGGUCUCUAUGCAUUAACCUUUAGGCUAGAUCACAAAAGUUGGCGAUUCGUUGAUGAGUAUAACGUCGUCAGCCCCAAACCACUGAUUAUCGUGUUUGUCUUCCUCAAGAUGUUGUAUCUUUCAGUGUCUACGGCUACUUUAUGUGGUUCUUCUGUCAUCACGCCAAGGGAAUGGUACAAUUAUUCGUUAAUGGGCCUUCAGAUGAUUCUGAGUUUUGUGGCCUUUGCUUCCAUUCUUGGUCAGAUGUUUAGCCAUAGUAAUGGGCCAGGUUAUCAUUCGGCAAGGAGACCUCCCACAACCGUCCGGCGCAGACGGCCGUCGAUGGAUAGUCAAGCAAGUCAAUUAACUGCUGGUUCUUAUGGAGCAUUGGACAGUACACAACCUCUUGUUUUAAACGGCGACCACAAUAUUGGUCCUUCAUAGCUGCCGUUUAUGUCAAAACUUUGGACACUGUGAAAUUUACUCUAGUUUCACUGAUCUAAGACUGAGUUCUGAAUAUUCUUUGUCAUAGUAAUUUAUGACACUGUCUUAGAUGGGUGAAACUAGAAUAUGAAUGGUGAUCACUUCUUGGUCACCAAUGAAGUGUACAUGUGGCUGCAGCCUGAUGUAGCAACUUUAAUAGGACAGUUACAAAACAAAUUUUUGACCAUAUUGGCCAUUCAUAGGUGCCACUUCAUGUUCAAAGAGGAGAUAUUGUCCAACCUGUAAACGUUUAUCAUAUGGGUCACUCAGCUCUAGCUGCUGUUGAUGUUGCAACCUUGGACCGAGUAAUCUAAUGUGAUCAUUUUGGCCACUCAUUGAGCAAAUUGGAUGAAUGUGGACAACAAAAAAUGGGAUUGUGCGCGACAUUGUGGAAUGAAAAUAACGUUUUGGUUUCCAUAAUGGUUUGUAUUGCUAGUGAAGUGCUCCUGAUAUAGAUAAAACUCUAUAUCUAUAUGUUGCUGAAUUUUAGCCCCUGUUAGAUUGUCUAUAAUACUAUUAUAUUUACUCAUUGCAUUUAUGAAACUGUCUAUGAACAGGAUGAAAUUUGGAUUAUAUCAUGACAAACCUUUAGGGUAACUUCAAAGACUCAUACUUCUUUAACUUCCGGCUGAAUUUUACAGGGUGAUCUUCAUGUAUUAGGACACUUUUUGUAAUAAGUUUCACCUUAAAUCAUGGUUAGAAACACAUUUUAAAAAGACUAGUGGGUUCAUUUGCCUCCUGCCAACUUGUCGCCUAAAUUGUCUCUCGGCAUAAAACUAAACAAAUGGCAUCGAACGGCAAUGUGUGUAUUUUUGUGCCUGACUUUAUUAUUCAAAAACGGUCGAAGAUCGGUGAAACUAGAAUAUACUUAGAAACAUUUUUGAACUUGCUGUUUUAUACUGUCAUUUACCAUGGCAUUUUAUUUGAAUGUUGGUACUUCUAGUCAGUAUUGGCUUUAAAAUUUAUUUUAAAUUUUUUGUGAAACUACAAAAGAUGCCCGUUUUAUCUAAUUUAUGACCUUACUGGUAUAGAUUGCUACUAAUGAUGAUCUUACAAUUAUCUGAAACUAUUUUGAAUUAAGACUUGUCGAGAACUGAUAAAGACAUUGUCCUCUCAAGUCUAUUGUUCCAAGUCUGUUGGUAAUGCCCCAAUAUUGCCCCCCUUCCCUGGUACUAAGAAAUCUGAUGGACCUCACUCUACAUUGUAAAUAGCCAUUGUAAAAGUCAUACGGUGACUGUGAUGCAUUUAAAGUGCCUUAACUACAUUGAUUAUAUGUAAUGGGAGUCAUAUUUUAUAUUGAAUAAACUGAAGUUUAUGAUUAUA